UCUUCAGGUUGUUUGACGGCCCUUCCCGUUGACCCAAGCCCAAGGAUGCUCAUGGUGCCCGUCGGAAGUGGCCAACCUCACCACGCUGUGCCUGUGGCCUGCGCCCUCACCUGUUCCUGGCUCCUGCUACUCUUUCAUGCCGCCUUCAGCCAGAAGCCUGCCAAGCUGCCCCUGGUUGGCCGCAAGCCCUUCAUCGCUGUCUGGAACGCACCGCUGGACCUGUGCACUAUAAAGUACAAUGUCCACACCAACCUGGAGCGCCUCUUCCACAUCAGUGGCAGUCCGCGGGCCGUCCACACUGGCCAGAAUGUCACCAUUUUCUAUGCCAACCGGCUGGGCCUCUACCCUUUCUACACGGACCACGGCGUCCCUAUCAAUGGAGGCCUACCCCAAAACUGUAGCCUGGAGGACCACCUCCUCAAGGCCUACAAGGACAUCAACCAUUUUAUCCCCUCUGAGGACUUUGCCGGUCUGGCGGUCAUUGACUGGGAGUACUGGCGCCCACAGUGGAGCCGCAACUGGCAAAAGAAAGACAUUUACCGGCGGAAGUCCCGGGAGCUGAUCACAAAGGCCUAUGUCAACGUGACGGCAUCACAAAUCGAAGGGCUGGCGAGCAAACACUUUGAGAAGAGUGCCCGGGCGUUCAUGCAAAAGACGGUCCAGCUAGGGAAGCGCCAUCGCCCCAACGGUCUCUGGGGCUUCUACCUCUAUCCGGACUGCCACAACUACAACCUGCAUGAGUACAACUACACAGGCUCCUGCCCCCUGCUGGAGAGCCUGCGUAAUGACGAGCUGCUCUGGUUGUGGAACAGCAGCACAGCCCUGUUCCCCUCAGUGGCUAUCAGGAAGAGCCAAACAGACAGUGUCAGCAACCUCCAUUUCUCCCAGUUCAGGGUGCUGGAGUCUCUGAGGAUAGCUGGGCUCACCUCGCACGGCUAUGAGCUGCCCACGUUCGUGUACACACGCCUGGGCUACAGAGAUGAGGCUAUGGCCUUCCUCACCACGGUAAGACUGCCACACUUAGUAACCCAAAGGUCUAAAAUCAAAUGAUGUGAUCAGUUGGUUAUCAAUCUGAUCCUGGAGAGCUACAGGAUGUGCAGGAUUUUGUUCCAGCCCAUCACUAACACAUUUGAUUCAACAAAUCAACUAAUCAUCAAGGCCAUCAGGUGUGUUGGGAUAGAACGAAACAUUGCUUUUCAUCCUACAUGAUCCCAAUGGGACUGGUAAUUCACUGAUUAUUAAUUGAUACUACAAAACUUUGUAAUUCUUUACAUACAGGAUCAGUUUAGACAUAAUUUGUUUGACUGGGAACUAUUUCUUGUUGGCAUUCUUUAACCUACACAAAUUUUUCCCUCUCAGCAGUCAACACUAUUUAGAGUCCUGUAUCAUCAGUUGUGUGCAGACAAUCCUGCCUCUCCUGAGGAGACAUUAGCACCAUCUUGUGGCUGCAUAAAUAAGUGGAAGAUGUGUAAUUAUCCUGUCUGCGUGUCUGUAUUUGUAUUGCAGAAAGACUUGAUCCACACCAUUGGGGAGAGUGCUGCUCUUGGAGCUGCUGGUUUUGUGAUCUGGGGAGACCUCAACCUCACCUCAUCCAGAGUGAGUCUGAUUCUCCAUCUUUACUGUAUAUUAAUAGUUACCUUAUAUAAUUAGAAUUAUAGUUAGACCUUCCAAGUGUUACACAAGCUAGUAGAGACAAAGAUACUGGCGUUAGGGCAAUGAACAGCUCUGACAAAAACAAAUCCUUAAAUAAAGCUAUGAAAAUAAAGUGCUCCCUAGGGGCAAAAUAGUUGAACAUCUGCUGUACAUCUAUUUCAUUCUGUUUUGACUUAUUUUUGCUGUCAACACCUCCAAGGCCUGUGUACAUCUGUCAUUCAAAAUGAGGCUUUGAGAAGAAAUGUCAUGCAUUCCUAAAUAUAUUCCAAACAUUCUUUCCACUAAGCAUUUACCGAUGGCAACAUCUUUAGGACGUCAUUUUUUGGUCCUGUUCGGACCGGCCGUGUUUUCAGCAUCCAAGGACGUAGAUUUCUGGUCCCAACUUUAUUUUGCCCAAACAUAGAUGUCUAUGUUUGUUUCAGAUUUUGUCCGGUCUAGACCAGCCAUGAUUUCUACGUCCACAGAUGUCCGGUCCGGACUGGCCUAUAUUUGGUUGAAACAGAUGUUUAUAAUUGGUUCAGAUUUGGUCCGGCCCGGAACCGGCCUUGAUUUGGCCCAAACAUAGACGUCUAUAAUUGGUUCAGAUUUGGUCAGGUCCGGACAGCACAGUACAGCACAGUACAGUAAUGAAAAGUAGAGUACAUUACAUUACAGUGCAGUAGAGCACAGUAAGGUACAGUAAAGUAAAGUCUAGUGUACUGUAUUGCACCCUACUGUACUCUACUGAAUUAAACUAUACUGUACUGUACUGUACUGAUUGAAACUAUACGGUACUGUACUGUACUCUCCUGUACUCUACUCUACUGAAUUAAACUAUACUAUACUGUACUGUACUCUACUGAAUUAAACUAUACUGUACUGUACUCUACUGAAUUAAACUAUACUGUACUGUACUGUACUCUACUAAAUUAAACUAUACUGUACUGUACUGUACUCUCCUGUACUCUACUCUACUGAAUUAAACUCUACUGUACUGUACUCAACUGUACUCUACUGCACUAAACCUGUGGGAGGCAGGUAGCCUAGCAUUAAGAGUGUUGGGCCAGUAACCAAAAGGUUGCUGGUUCACAUCCCUGAGCCAACUAGGUGAACCAUCUGUCAAUGUGCAAGACAAUCUGUUGAUGAGCAAGGCACUGAACCCUAAUUGCUCCUGUAAGUUGCUCUGAAUAAGAGCGUCUGCUAAAAUGUAAACGUGAACUGUGCCUUAAACUGUGAUGUUCAAACUUGUGAAACAUAGCCUAGAUGUCUAUGAUUCAGUCAGAUUUGGAUCUGGUCCGCACCGACCAAGUUUGUGGGUGGAGUGCAUUAGAAUAAUACCCAGCACGCUUUGCAAUUGUUAAUUGUUUUACAUUUACAUUUUGGCCAUUCAGCAGACGCUCUUAUCCAGAGCGACUUACAGUCAGUGCAUUCAACAUAUGAAAGUCAUAGCAAGAAAAAAAUAUUAUGUAACUGUUACUGAGAAUGUUAUUGUAGUUAACGUGGUCUGUUAGUUUAUUCCAUGGAUUGGACUACUUUGAACAUCAUCACUGCCAGUUUUAAAGCUUUUGAAAAAUCUAAGAUAAGUGCAUCUGAUAGAUGGCAGCAACAAUACAUAUUCUGUUGCAAUCUUCAGUUGGCUCAUCUUUCCUAUUUUAAGAGGCUUAAUAAAUUAUUAUUGUGAUAUAAUGCUUACUUCAUUGACAAUGUAUGUGCAGUUGAAAUUUGGCCACAGAAUCAAUGACUGAAAAAUACUUAUUUCAACAUCUGUAAAUUAUGUCCUUAAGUACUUUAAAUAAGUAUUUUCAACGUCCGGAAAAUAAGUAUUUUUGACAUCCGGAAAAUACAUAUUUUCGACACCUGGAAAAAUAAGUAUUUUCACCUUUCAUUCAGCACCUAAAAUGCUGAAAAGAUGUCUAAAAUACGUAUUUUUAACUUCAUUUUGCUUACUGGGUUCUCUUGACGCUUGAGUUGGAGCUUUAAGUCUUUUAUAAAUCCAGGCAUAAGACAUACCAGUGCUAUAAGGGAGACAAUAGUUGGUUGACAAUAGCUGAAAAACCACAGAGAAUAGUUAUGACAGUAUAGGGCAGCGAUCUCUAAAGUAUAUAAGGGAUUAUCGUGGAUUGCACAAUGCCCUUAUUUGUUUGACUGUCUCUUUGUUUUUUCUCUCUCUCUCUCUCUCUCUCUCUCUCUCUCUCUCUCUCUCUCUCUCUCUCUCUCUCUCUCUCUCUCUCUCUCUCUCUCUCUCUCUCUCUCUCGUUCUCUCCAUCUCUCUCUCUCUCCCUCUCUCCCUCUCUCUCUCUCUCGUCUCCAGCACAACUGCACAAAGGUGAAGUCCUUCCUGAACCAGCGCCUGGGUCAGUACAUCACCAAUGUGACGCGGGCUGCAGAGAUCUGCAGUGACUUCCUGUGCCAGAGCAAUGGCCGCUGUGUCCGCAGGGACCUCCACGCCCCAUACUACCUCCACCUGAGCGGAGACAGCUACCACAUCCAGCCCUCGGGAGAAGGGGACUUUGUGGUCAGCGGCUGGCACUCGCAGCACGAGCUCCAACUACUGGCCGAGAGGUUUCGCUGUCACUGCUAUGAGGGACACGCCGGGGAGAAGUGUGACAGCCUGAACAAGGUGGUGGAAGAAGAGGAGGAAGAGGAGGGGGAAGAUGGGGAGGAGGAGCAGAGGGAAAGUACGGCUUCACAAACUGGGAACACCCUUGGCUUGGUUGUGUUGCUCCUCCUAUUGAACUUAUCCUUAGUGGGGACUGUUGUAUGAUGAUAGCACUUUAAGUGGUGUGUGUUAUUUGCGGUCGGGGAGAUUGAGCUUGAAGUCACUUCCAUGGGAACUGCUUUUAUGUAAUGCUGUGUCGUUUUUCUACUGGGGCCCUUUACUAUAGUGGGUAACACUUUACUUGAAAGGUACCUACAUAAUAACUACAUAACACAUUAAUAACUCAUGCAUACAGUGCAUUCGGAAAGUAUUCAUACCCCUUCCCUUUUUCCACAUUUUUCGCGUUACAGCCUUAUUCUAAAUGUAUUAUUUAUUUUUUUACGUCCUCAUCAAUCUACACACGAUACCCCAUAAUGACAAAGCGAAAACAGGUUUUUGGAAAUGUUUGCAAAUGUAUUAAAAAUAAGAAACAGAAAUACCUUAUUUACAUAAGUAUUCAGACCCUUUGCUAUGAGACUUGAAAUUGAGCUCAAGUGCAUCUUGUAUCCGUUGAUCAUCCUUGAGAUGUUUCUACAACUUUGAGUCCACCUGUGGUAAAUUCAAUUGAUUGGACAUGAUUUGGAAAGGCACACACCUUUCAAUAUAAGGUCCCACAGUUGACAGUGCAUGUCAGAGCAAAAACCAAGCCAUGGUCAAAGGAAUUGUCCGUAGAGCUCAGAGACAGGAUUGUGUCGAGGCACACAUCUGGGGAAGGGUAUCAAAACAUUUCUACAGCAUUGAAGAUCCCCAAGAACACAGUGGCCUCCAUCAUUCUUAAAUGGAAGAAAUUUGGAACCACCAAGACUCUUCGUAGAGCUGGCCGCCCGGCCAAACUGAGCAAUCGGGGGAGAAGGGCCUUGGUCAAGGAGGUGAACAAGAACCCGAUGGUCACUCUGACAAAGCUCCAGAGUUCCUCUGUGGAGAUGGGAGAACCAUCCAGAAGGACAACCAUCUCUGCAGCACUCCACCAAUCAGGCCUUUAUGGUAGAGUGGCCAGACGGAAGCCACUCCUCAGUAAAAGGCACAUGACAGCCUGCUUGGAGUUUGCCAAAGGCACCUAAAGGACUCUCAGACCAUGAUGAAACCAAGAUUGAACUCUUUGUCCUGAAUGCCAAGUGUCACGUCAGGAGGAAACCUGGCACCAUCCCUACGGUGAAGCAUGGUGGUGGCAGCAUCAUGCUGUGGGGAUGUCUUUCAGCAGCAGGGACUGGGAGACUAGUCAGGAUCGAAGGAAAGAUGAACGGAGCAAAGUACAGAGAGAUCCUUGAUGAAAACCUGCACAGAGCCAAGACAACGCAGGAGUGGCUUCGGGACAAGUCUCAGAAUGUCCUUGAGUUGCCCAGCCAGAGUCCGGAUUCGAACCCGAUCUAACAUCUCUGGAUAGACCUGAAAAUAGCUGUGCAGCGACGCUCCCCAUCCAACCUAAUAGAGCUUGAGAGGAUCUACAGAGAAGAAUGGGAGAAACUCCCCAAAUACAGGUGUGCCAAGCUUGUAGAGUCAUACCCAAGAAGACUCGAGGCUGUAAUCACUGCCAAAGGUGCUUCAAUAAAGUACUGAGUAAAGGGUCUGAAUACUUAUAUAAAUGUGAUAUUUCAGUUGUUGUUUUUUAAUAAAUUUGCAAACAUUUCUAAAAACCAGUUUUUGCUUUGUCAUUAUGGGGUAUUGUGUGUAGAUUGAUGAGGCUAAAAAAAAGAAGACCUUUUUUAGAAUAAGGCUGUAACUUAACAAAAUGUGUAAAAAGUCAAGGGGUCUGAAUACUUUCCGAAUGCACUGUACUGCAUUCAUAAGCAGUACACAUGGAUUUAAAUAAUAAUUAGGUGGGUGCUUAUAUUUGUCCUAUUUCACACAUAUACAAAUGGGUAUUAUACGCAUGAUGAGUUGGAAAUUAUUAUUUUUUGGCAUAUCCCAACUCCCUCUGAGACACCCUAGGAGGGUGGGGUCAUGGCCAGGGUCUGCCUUUAUCAAUAGCGACCCUGGAGCAAUUAGGGUUAAGUGCCUUGCUCAAUGACACAUCAACAGAGUUUUUACCUUGUCAGCUCAGGGAUUCAAACUAACAACCUUUCAGUUACUGACCCAAUGCACUAACUGCUAGGCUACCUGCCACCCUAAAUGUUUAUCCUGUCAUCAAACCUACUUUAAGCUACCAUAAAGCCUUACUAUAUAUUAACAAUUGGAUCAAUAUAAACUUUUUUUGUCAUUGUGCCAUUAGGCAUGCACUGCUCCCUUUGCCAGCAACAGCAUUUAUUUGCUGAAAGUAAGGUAACAUCCUAACCCUAUUAAUUCUCACAAAACACCAUCACUAUUGGUAGCAUUGUAAGCUCUGACAAUGAAAUGGUAUCUGGGACUCUUGCUCCAGUCUCCCCUAACACUGUGCAGUAUCAUCUAGCAAUAAUCUUGGUAUUUACACGAUGCAAAGGUGUUUAUUUUUUAACGGCACGCUAUCAUUGAUUGAUAAUUAAUUUGAAGAGAUUAUCUAAUUUGACAACUAGAGGAACAAUAAAGUAAAACAAAGUUCUUUGGAAAAAGCCUUUAACAAAUUGGUGUAUCUAUAUCGAACAGUUUACGAACCACAUCACGUCCGGGCCCCGUGGCCUUCAAUAGGGAGCACUGUUUAGUAGGCAACGUUUAGGAACAUUGUGCAACAUAGGUGCUAUGGAGGUUGCCAGUUGUUUCUUUCCCACACCUUUUUGCAAACAUUGGUGUUCAAGCAAAGUUAUAUUUAGACUGGACAUCUUAUUGAUUCACAGGUGUAUGUUCAAAAAGAACCCAAAGCGUUACGUAUCACUCUGACAUUGAAGCUCAGGUAGGCAGGGGUUAACACUGAGCAGCAAUGGAAGAGACAAGGUAUGUAAUGUCAACAUGUUCUGCCUGUCCUCCUUAGUUAGUCCAUUACAGUAGGAGAAUUAGAAGCUGCAUGUAUUUUCUUGCAACACCCAAGUGAGUGUCUUCUACCAAGGUUACUCUUGAAAUGUGUGAAACUGUAAAAUAAUUUUGAUGUAGAAUUGUUAUACUAAACUGGACUGUAAAACCAUUAUAUGUCGCUGGUUGUAUAUGAACUAUAUGUUAUUUUAAUGGAAAGAACAGACAUUUUUCAAAUCUUGCCAAUUGUACUCAUGUUGUUCUUUACCCAUGCACGAUGGCACUGUACAAAUGUACUCCAGAUGUUCUUUCUGUGAAACACCGAGGGCUAGACUCAUAAUUGACGUAGCAUCAAUAUAAGGUGCGUCAGCAUUUUGAUAGGUACCUACAUGUUUCUUUUUGGAUCGCUUUACUCACUUUCUGUUGAUGUUUAAUGUGUAUGGACAAGUGGCUCAUAUAAGUAGUUCAUACAUUUUAUAUCAUUAUGUCUACUGACUGUGGUUUCACUGUAGACAAAUCCAUCUCAUUCUGGAUGAUUUCAUCUCAGAAUCACUAAUCUCAGCCAUAGUAGCCCUGUUGUGCUUUUGCCUAGACCGCACUUAAGAUUCCAAGAUUGUAAACCAAAUACACAAGGAUUAUAUGCAACAUAUGACAAGUGUUGCUUGAAUGUAGAUGAACUGCAUACAUCAAUUUGUUUCUAUAUCUUCCUUCAAAGCUAAGCAACUUAAUUAAAUGGCAUUAAAUGGAGGCUGAUAUCAAGAAAUAAACAUGGAUGACAAAAUUUUCCAAUUGACAACGUAUCAAUUAAGAUUCUCCAUUGAGAAUGGUUUUUAAUCGGCCCUUUGUAGCCCAUAACCGUCCCUUAAAGUGGCCCUGAAAGUUACCCUUCAAGUUUGGAUUCUAUUGCAUGGGUAUUUAGACACAUUCCUUCUCUUACACGCACACAAUUUUACAAUGUAUUAGGCUGAUAACUGCAGACAAACACUGAUAUCAUCAGCACACUCCAGAGGUCAGGUGCCUUGAAGGGCAUCUGUGUUUUCCAGAGUACAGAAACGAGAUAGGAGACCACAUAUCAGUAAAAACAGCAGUUUCACAGAAAUGUACCUGCUGUAUUGGUUGACAUAAGUAUGGUAGCUGCUUGAUGAUAGCCCUUUACGUAACAGUUCUUUCGCCCCAAAACCUGCAUCCUGAUUUGGAGCGUGACGUGUCAACUUGCUCCCAUCCAGAGGACUAAAAGAAAAUAAAAAAUGAAAAUGAUAUUCCUAAUAUCCCAAUUAUUAUCUAUCAGGUCAUGGAAAAUGUUUGAUUUGCAGAAAGUUACAGUAUAAAUGCAUAGGGUCCCCUACAGAAAACCACAUGAAUAUCACGUGAACACGUGAAGUGUUCCAAAAGCACAUGUUUUCAUGUGAUCACAUGUGACCUUAUGUGAAGUUAAUGUGAUAACAUGUGACAACAUGUAAAGCAGGGUUCCCCAACUGGUGGUUUUAUUUGUCCCCCCAAGUUUUCAGAAGAAAAAACAUUUACACAUAUUUUUUUGUUGGACAUUUUCAUUGUUGGACAUAAAAUACUGUAAGAAUAUCAGGAAAUCAGCUCCAAAUGAUUUUAAUUAUGGUAAUAUGUUCCCAAGUAUUCCCAUGCAUAACAGAGAGACGCGUUAUGUUUUAGUCAAAUAUUUUGGUCUUCUUGCGGUCAAUUUGCAGUCUACAAGUGAUCUGUAAUGAUGUUCCGCCCCUCUAACCAUCCGCUCAACAAAAAAUAGGCCUGUGUCUGAAUCUAGUUGAUGAUCACUGAUGUAAAGCAACAUGUGAUAAUAUGAAACUACACAUGUGAAAACAACUGAUUUCACAUGACAUUUCAUGUGAAAUCAUGUGAUUUUCCACAUGUGAAAAGUGGUUUUUCUGUAAGGGGUAUAUUAUCCAAUCGGCCCAGCCUCGGAACUUAGGCCCAUAAUAAUAGGUUUUUGUUCUACCAACUCCCAUUUCACAUGUCAAGAAUUCUGUCUAGACCAGAUGUUUGUCAAAACGUUGAAUAAUAGCUUUACAAUAACAGGUUAUAUAUAUAACCUCCUGUAAUUUUCAGAUACCAGAGAUAUGCGUUAAGUAUAUGCCGUUAAGUAUAUGUCGUUAAGUACAUGCUGUUAAGUAUAUGCUGUUAAGUACAGUUGAAGUCGGAAGUUUACAUACACCUUAGCCAAAUACAUUUAAACUCAGUUUUUCACAAUUCCUGACAUUUAAUCCUAGUAAACGUUCCCUGUUUUAGGUCAGUUAGGAUCACCACUUUAUUUCAAGAAUGUGAAAUGUCAGAAUAGUAGUAGAGAGAAUGAUUUAUUUCAGCUUUUAUUUCUUUCAUCACAUUUCUAGUGGGUCAGAAGUUUACAUACACUCAAUUAGUAUUUGGUAGCAUUGCCUUUAAAUUGUUUAACUUGGGUCAAACGUUUCGGGUAGCCUUCCACAAGCUUCCCACAAUAAGUUGCCCAUUCCUCCUGACAGAGCUGGUUUAACUGAGUCAGGUUUGUAGGCCUCCUUGCUUGCACACGCUUUUUCAGUUCUGCCCACAAAUGUUCUAUAGGAUUGAGGUCAGGGCUUUGUGAUGGCCACUCCAAUACCUUGACUUUGUUGUCCUUAAGCCAUUUUGCCACAACUUUGGAAGUAUGCUUGGGAUCGUUGUCCAUUUGGAAGACCCAUUUGCGACCAAGCUUUAACUUCGCGACUGAUGUCUUGAGAUGUUGCUUCAAUAUAUCCACAUCAUUUUCCUUCCUCAUGAUGCCAUCUAUUUUGUGAAGUGCACCAGUCCCUCCUGCAGCAAAGCACCCCCAUAGCAUGAUGCUGCCACCCCCGUGCUUCACGGUUGGGAUGGUGUUCUUCGUCUUGCAAGCCUUCCCCUUUUUCCUCCAAACAUAACAAUGGUAAUUAUGGCCGAACAGUUCUAUUUUUGUUUCAUCAGACCAGAGGACAUUUCUCCAAAAAGUACGAUCUUUGUCCCCAUGUGCAGUUGCAAACCGUAGUCUGGCUUUUUUAUGGCGGUUUUGGAGCAGUGGCUUCUUCCUUGCUGAGCGGCCUUUCAGGUUAUGUCAAUAUAGGACUCGUUUUACUGUGGAUAUAGAUCCUUUUGUACCUGUUUCCUCCAGAAUCUUCAAAAGGUCCUUUGCUGUUGUUCUUGGAUUGAUUUGCACUUUUAGCACCAAAGUACGUUCAUCUCUAGGAGACAGAACGCGUCUCCUUCCUGAGCGGGAUGACGGCUGCGUGGUCCCAUGGUGUUUAUACUUGCGUACUGUUGUUUGUACAGAUGAACGUGGUACCUUCAGGCGUUUGGAAAUUGCUCCCAAGGAUGAACCAGACUGGUGGAGGUCUACCAUUUUUUUUCUGUGGUCUUGGCUUAUUUCUUUUGAUUUUCCCAUGAUGUCAAGCAAAGAGGCACUGAGUUUGAAGGUAGGCCUUGAAAUACAUCCACAGAUACACCUCCAAUUGACUCAAAUUAUAUCAAUUAGCCUAUCAAAAGCUUCUAAAGCCAUUACAUCAUUUUCUGGAAUUUCCCAAGCUGUUUAAAGACACAGUCAACUUAGUGUAUGUAAACUUCUGACCCACUGGAAUUGUGAUACAGUGAGUUAUAAGUGAAAUAAUCUGUCUGUAAACAAUUGUUGGAAAAAUUACUUGUGUCAUGCACAAAGUAGAUGUCCUAACCGACUUGCCAAAACUAUAGUUUGUUAACAAGAAAUUUGUGGAGUGGUUGAAAAAACGAGUUUUAAUUACUCCAACCUAAGUGUAUGUAAACUUCCGACUUCAACUGUAUAUGCCGACAAGAACAUAUUCAAGACAUGCAGUGCACACACUAUUACAAAUGUAUUUUGACUUCAGGUGAAUUUAUGUCAUACUGUUUGUCUGUCACUCCCAGGAGGAUCUGAUCAGCAGCAUUGGAGAGUGAAACCUUUGGGGCCUCCGGGUCAGUACUCUGGGGGCCAGUGCUGACUAUUCUGACACUCCACACAAGAAGUUCCCUCACAGGAAAAAUGCUGUUACUUCAAUAUUAUUGAAUACUUCAGUGUAAAAGCUAUUUUGAGUGGUGGUGCAGUACAGAAUGCUGAUCAAUGAUGGCACAAUGUACAAUUACUCAUGUUAAAACAAUGGGAAGGUACUGUGUCACAGCACACAAUUAUUUCUAUGCUUAUCAUCAGCGUUGUGUUACUCGAGACCGGUCUCGGACUGGAGUCCUAUCAUAUACAGUUUCACAAUUUGUCAGGAGGCAGACAGCUUAGUGGGUUGCUGGCUCUAAUCCCUGAGCUGACUAGGUGAAAAAUCUGUCGAUGUGCCCUUAAGCAAAGCACUUAACCCUAAUUGCUCUGGAUAAGAGUGUCUGGUAAAAUAACUUGGAUAUGACAUUUGUAGCCCCUUUGUUUUUAUCCAGUGUGGAUAAUGCUUCUCUCUCUCCUCUCUCUCUCUCUCCUCUCCCCUCUCUCUCCUCUCUCUCUCUCUCUCUUCCUCUCUCUCUCUCUCUCUCUCUCUCUUUCUCUCUCUCCUUUCAUGUUUCAUGUGAAGCAUUAUCCACAUACAGUGGGGAAAAAAUUUAUUUAGUCAGCCACCAAUUGUGCAAGUUCUCCCACUUAAAAAGAUGAGAGAGGCCUGUAGUUUUCAUCAUAGGUACACGUCAACUAUGACAGACAAAUGAGAUUUUUUUUUCCCAGAAAAUCACAUUGUAGGAUUUUUAAUGAAUUAUUUGCAAAUUAAAGGUGGAAAAUAAGUAUUUGGUCAAUAACAAAAGUUUCUCAAUACUUUGUUAUAUACCCUUUGUUGGGAAUGACACAGGUCAAAACGUUUUCUGUAAGUCUUCACAAGGUUUUCACACACUGUUGCUGGUAUUUUGGCCCAUUCCUCCAUGCAGAUCUCCUCUAGAGCAGUGAUGUUUUGGGGCUGUCGCUGGGCAACACGGACUUUCAACUCCCUCCAAAGAUUUUCUAUGGGGUUGAGAUCUGGAGACUGGCUAGGCCACUCCAGGACCUUGAAAUGCUUCUUACGAAGCCACUCCUUCGUUGCCCGGGCGGUGUGUUUGGGAUCAUUGUCAUGCUGAAAGACCCAGCCACGUUUCAUCUUCAAUGCCCUUGCUGAUGGAAGGAGGUUUUCACUCAAAAUCUCACGAUACAUGGCCCCAUUCAUUCUUUCCUUUACACGGAUCAGUCGUCCUGGUCCCUUUGCAGAACAACAGCCCCAAAGCAUGAUGUUUCCACCCCCAUGCUUCACAGUAGGUAUGGUGUUCUUUGGAUGCAACUCAGCAUUCUUUGUCCUCCAAACACGACGAGUUGAGUUUUUACCAAAAAGUUCUAUUUUGGUUUCAUCUGACCAUAUGACAUUCUCCCAAUCCUCUUCUGGAUCAUCCAAAUGGACUCUAGCAAACUUCAGACGGGCCUGGACAUGUACUGGCUUAAGCAGGGGGACCCGUCUUGCACUGCAGGAUUUGAGUCCCUGGCGGCGUAGUGUGUUACUGAUGGUAGGCUUUGUUACUUUGGUCCCAGCUCUCUGCAGGUCAUUCACUAGGUCCCCCCGUGUGGUUCUGGGAUUUUUGCUCACCGUUCUUGUGAUCAUUUUGACCCCACGGGGUGAGAUCUUACGUGGAGCCCCAGAUCGAGGGAGAUUAUCAGUGGUCUUGUAUGUCUUCCAUUUCCUAAUAAUUGCUCCCGCAGUUGAUUUCUUCAAACCAAGCUGCUUACCUAUUGCAGAUUCAGUCUUCCCAGCCUGGUGCAGGUCUACAAUUUUGUUUCUGGUGUCCUUUGACAGCUCUUUGGUCUUGGCCAUAGUGGAGUUUGGAGUGUGACUGUUUGAGGUUGUGGACAGGUGUCUUUUAUACUGAUAACAAGUUCAAACAGGUGCCAUUAAUACAGGUAACGAGUGGAGGACAGAGGAGCCUUUUAAAGAAGAAGUUACAGGUCUGUGAGAGCCAGAAAUCUUGCUUGUUUGUAGGUGACCAAAUACUUAUUUUCCACCAUAAUUUGCAAAUAAAUUCAUAAAAAAUCCUACAAUGUGAUUUUCUGGAAUUUCUUUCCUCAAUUUGUCUGUCAUAGUUGACGUGUACCUAUGAUGAAAAUUACAGGCCACUCUCAUCUUUUUAAGUGGGAGAACAUGCACAAUUGGUGGCUGACUAAAUACUUUUUUCCCCACUGUACCUGACUUCCACCCCAAACUGUAAUGACGUCCUUUGCCAGGACGAUGGCCGCUGUGUCAGAAAGGACUACAACUCCAUUGACUACCUGAACCUGGACACCUUCGGCCUCCUGAAGUCCCAGGGGAAGUACGUGGCCAUUGGAAAUCCCUCCUCCGCCGACCUCCACACCUAA